CAGGCAUGCGGGUGUAUUUGACAGAUGGAUCGUCGCGUCCUUGUCUACCCGCUCAAUAGUGGCCUGACAUUCCCACACGUGGCAGCUCGUAAGAACUAAUCAAUUCUUGGGCUCCGUCCCGAAAAUUAUAUACCCCUUCGUUCAAACACGAAGUUGCAUCGUACCGCUCUAAUCACUAACACCCCCCUCUGACGAGACAAUGACCGCUGGAUUCGAUACGGACUUGAACGAAUCCCUUGGCGCGUUUGUCGUCGGCGUGGCCUUAGCGUUCAUGUUGUACGGUUGCGCCUUAGGACAAGCGAUGCUCUACUACAUCCACUAUACUGCUGACGAUAUGUUCACGAAGGGCUUGGUCGCUGUAUUGUUGCUCAUCGAGACGGGUAGAAAUAUUUUGGACGUUCAGAUUCUCUGGUUGUAUCUCGUCCAAAAUCACGCGGACAUCUUCGCUUUGUUGCAUUACUCCAAUUCGUUUCUGGUUGGCCAACUGUUUACAGCAAUCACUGUUCUCUUGGUCCAAGUCUUCUUCAUCUACAAAAUAUGGCAACUUAUGGACAAGGGUCGCUAUCGUACAACACUCACGGCUUCUGCGAUCGUGCUGUCACUGAUAUCAUUCGGCGGCGGCAUCGGUGUCGUGGUUGGAAUUAAUCAAGUCCAAGUCGACAUAUCAGCCUCCGAAUGGGCAUAUUUUAGACCUGCUUGGGUUGAGGCCGCCUUCUCCUUAGUGACCGAUCUGUAUAUCGCAGCAUCGUUGUGCAUCAUCCUGCGUCAAUCGGGUACGGGACUCAGACCCACACAAACAAUGGUGUCGAUGUUGAUCGCAAUCACCGUUCAGCGAGGUGUUCUCCUCUUUCUGGCGCAAGUCGCCUUAGUCGGGACGCUGAUCUGGAGCACGCUCUACAAAAACGAAGUCGCCUCAGCCAUCUACUUCCCCGCAGGAUCCAUAUUCAUCACGACACUGCUCGCGACGUAAGGCUGAACGUCCGCCGCACGAUCA